CAAUUAGUAUAAGAAGCUUUUUGAUUAAAACUUUCAACUGGAGAUUUCCCUUUAAGAGGAAAUAGAACUUAGAUCCUGAAUUCAGCUGUACUCAGAACAAAAGGGAAUAUUCUUCCCAUACAUGUUGAUAAUUCCAGCAUUUAUGCUGAGAUCUUUCUAAAGACAGUGGAGUAGAAGCACAAGAGGUGAAAUGACAGAAGUUGGGGAUGACUGUUUUUUCUAUGUUCAUUCAACCUGUGCGAAGGGAUCAAAGUGCAGGUUCCGUCACUGUGAAAAAGCCAUUGGCAGUGAUAUUGUGUGCUCAUUAUGGAGAGAGGGAAAAUGUUCCCAUCAACUUUGCAAAUUUAGACACAUGGAAAUACAGCAAAAAUACAACAGCAUCUCAUGCUUCUGGGAAACACAGCCUUUAGGCUGUGUGAGGAUCAGUUGUGUCUUCCAUCACAGGAAACCUCGUAAUAUUAAUGGACUUUUUUUGCCCCCUAGUAAUGAUUCUACAUUGCAAGGGGAAGUUCAGGAAGGAAUUUUGCAUGCUGCUCAAAAUCAAGAUUCCACAAAAGGUCAGGAGAAUUCAUUAAGGCCUAUUCAUCCUCCACUUAUUAUUACCAUCAAUCUUGAGGAUGAAGAAGAGGAAGAACAAGAAGAAAAAUAUGCAUCUUAUUUAUUGUCAAAGACACCAGAAGAUAUAGAAGAAGAAAAGGCAAUAAAGGAAAUGUGCUAUAAAUCUGGAGAAUAUUAUAGAAUUCAGACUUCUCAAGAAAAUCAUUUAACAAAAAAUUCUUCAGUACUGGAGAAUGAGCUCAUUAAACCUAUGGAAACAUGCAGAGAAUUACAAGAAGGUGAUGGUGUUGCAGUUCCAUCAAAGUUUAACAUUAUAGAAAGGCAAACAAAAAUAACAGCCUCAGUAGACAGUUGCUCUAAAUCUGAACUUAGUGCCUUUGAAAAUGGAGGAGGUGAUUGUUACUUGUCACAAAGAAAUAUAUUUGUUGAAGGGAUACAAAACAAAAUGUUCAAUGGAGAGAAACAAUUUACCAUGCUAAAGUGUUUAAACGUUAAAGCUACCAGCCAUACAGAAAGCAUCAAGAAGCAUCAUUUUAAGGGAGUAAAGAAAAAGAAAUGGUUAUCUGAGGACUCCAAAAAUCUGCCUACCCCUUUGACAGCAAAAGCAAUGCAUACUUCAAACUCUAAAAGUAAAGGGAAUUGCCAACAAAAUGAUCAAAUCAAGAAUGCUGAGAAUGCCUCUUAUGUUCCUUCUCAGAGAGCCAACGGGAGAAGUAUUUCCUUGAGUGCUCCAAUGGCUGGAAGGUCACAAAAUCUCACUUAUGCUAAAAUUGGUGUAGCCAAAGAAUCCAAAAUGAAUUUAUCUACAGAGAGGUGUGCUUCGGCGUAUAAUAUACCAGCCUGGAGAAAAAGAAGCCCGCAUUCUAAAAUAUAUACUAAACCUGAAAAAAUGCAUUCAGAGCCCAGAAGAAAUGGAAGUAGAUAAAAUGGAGGUUAAUUUUAAAGAGAAGAAAGAGGGAAUAAAGAAAUAUUAUAUUGCUCUUCUAUGGUUUGCCAUAAAAAGAGGACAAAAUAUUCAAAUUCAAAUGAUUUGGUUAUCAUGAAAUCCAACUGGAGAUCUAAGCUGACAAAAACAUUCUAAAAUUCAGGAAGUAUAUGUGCCAAAUCAUUUACAUUAAAAUAUGUAAACAAGCCAUCUAUUUCUGAAUCAAUAAUUUUACUGUUAACCUAGACUGAAAGUUUUACUGUUUGGGAGUAAGUAUAGGCUUCAUAAGUGCUUUCAAUCCCAUGUGAGAACAAGCACAUCUCUAUUUUUCAAUAAAGCCAUUUAUUUUCCAGGCUUUUGUCAAAGUCUGAACAAAGUUGAGCUAAUUUGUUGAAUAGCAGAGAGUACUGGGCUCUUUCUUAAUCACUUUCGAAAGGGUGCACAAACGCCCUGCUUAACGUUGCCAGAAAGAUUGGGUGUUUUCUCUCACAGGAAAAGAUGUUUAGGAAAUUUUGCCUUUUUAAAUAGAGAUUAGCACGAUUUUAAUGACAAUGGUACUAAUGAGGGGAAUACCAUAAUGUGGAGCUACUGAAAACACCGUGAUGCAAAGAUGACAUGAUCAGAAUUAAAUAUGCUGAUUUAUAUAUGCUGAUUACUCUCUGGAAGAACACAUCUUCCUUUAACAGCCCUGUAUGCUUAAUUAUAGUAUACAUUACUUCCCCAUCCAGGGAUUAAUCAAAUCUGGAUUUAGCAAGAAGAUUGCUUCAUAUAUUUUUUAAAGUACAGGAGCCAUAAACUUAAUUACAUUAUAGAGAAUUCAGAUUCUACAUCAAACAUACAUUUUUCAAGUGAAGCAUCACAUAUAGAGCGUGUUGUAAGAUGGGUACAACAAGAUGUGGCUUACAGUCACCAAAUCUCAUGGACCCAGAAAGGGAUACAGCUGGAAUACUAAACUUAAAAAUGCAAAAGCAUUCCUUGCUGCAGUAAUCAUCUUUGAACCAAGUUGUAGCUGAUAAUUAAGGAAAUUAUCCAGGUAGACCAAAGGGAAAAUUAAAUCAAACCCUUCUAGAUAGCCCCAGAAAGUUACUACAAUUUAUUUUAUCAAACAUUGGUGAAAACUAGAGAGACAAGGAUUGAGUAUACAGUUAAUAACAUUCGUCUGCACACAUUCUAUCCAUAUAGAGGAAAACUACAUACGAGAAAAGAUAGAAUACUAUCUUUGUGUCCAAAUAAUGUAACACUUUCAACUGAUGCAAUACCAAUAACAGAGAUACAAAUUUUGAGAAACACUGAAAUAACAUGGCAGAAGGAGUAGGGAUAGAUGAUGUCAUCUCUUUAACCAGAUCUCUCUUAAACACACUUGACACUGUUUUAUUCAGGACUAUAUCUCUGCCAUCUAUCAUAUUUCCUGCAGCUGAUUUGCCACUCUUAUUGCCACAAGGUAAAUCUUAAUAGAAUCUCGUACACAUGUUUGAUCAGAUAUGUUCUUUGCCUUCCUCCAGAAACAUCCCUUUACUCUGACGUCCUCAGGUUGGAAACUGAAAGGAAAGCUAGCCUAUUUUCCUUUCUCCAUAGUAACCAAAUUGCAAGUUCCAAUCACCUCUCUUACAACUGAUUAUCAAUGCUUUGCCCAUGCCAUUUUAUGAUUUCUCUGCACUUUCCCUGCCUACAGGAUCCAACAUAGACAUUACUUAUCUAUCUAGAUAACAUUUCUCUGAAGGAGAAAUUAAAUAAUGCUUUGUCUUUUAAAAUCAAUUAUGAAUGAAACAAUUUUGGCCAUUUUGGAAAUGUAAGUCUUCUAAAAACCUGGGGUAUCCUCUGGAA